AUGGCUGGCCCGCGCAACAGCUCGAGGCUCUCGUUCAUGGCAGUUAUGGCUAUGACGAAGUGUCUGAGCGCGGGGUUCGAGGACGCCAUCUGCGGGAGCAUCAGGGCCGCUGUCCUGAUCGGAAAUACUCCAGGGCGCGCAGGUCGCCGAGCUCGUCAUUUGGGCGGUCUGAAAAGUCGUGCUGGUAUCCAGCGCCGCUGCUGGAUGGAUCUGAGGCCCAGGAGCCGGGUAGUGUUUACGCUCACGUACCCGUCCCAGUUGCCUUUUUGUGUGGGUAACGGGUGGUGCUAUGAAGGCAUCAUCUAG